GUCGUGCCCCGCGGCCUCGGCGAAGAGAGCUGGUUGAGGGGAGGAGAAGGAGAGGAGGCAGCCGGCGAGCGUACCGCCCGUUGCUAAGCCUUGAAGGAAGCUCGGUGUUCGGGCUGCGCUCAGGGUUGCCAUCCUUGUCGGUCGGCUGACUUGGGGGAGUGUCUGGAAGAGCAAUGUCAGAAAAAGCUAACAACUUUCCUCCGCUGCCGAAGUUUAUCCCUCUGAAGCCCUGCUUCUACCAGAACUUCUCUGAUGAGAUUCCGAUAGACCACCAAUUUAUCGUGAGAAGGAUUUACCAUUUAUGGAUCUUUUACUGUAUCACCCUCGUGGUGAAUCUCAUCGCUUGCCUUGCUUGGUGGAUUGCCGGCGGCGAUGGAGUGAACUUUGGCUUAGCCGUGCUUUGGCUAAUUCUCUUCAGUCCUUGCAGCUAUGUGUGCUGGUUCCGGCCUGCCUACAAAGCCUUCAGGGCUGACAGCUCUUUUAAUUUUAUGGCCUUCUUCUUCAUCUUUGGUGCACAGUUUAUCCUGACCAUCUUUCAAGCAAUCGGUUUCCCCAAAUGGGGAGCAUGUGGCUGGUGGUCAGCAAUCUUCUUCUUCCAGACAAAUGCCGUGGCUGCUGUGUUCAUGAUCUUCCCAGCCAUCAUGUUCACCCUCUCAGCAGCCAUGAUGUGUGUGGUCCUUGUGAGGGUACAUAGGUUCUACCGUGGCUCUGGGGGCAGCUUCCAGAAAGCCCAGGAUGAGUGGAAUACCGGCAACUGGAGGAACCCGCCCACAAGGGAAGCACAGUUCAGCAACUUCUCGGGCAGCAGCCUGCCCGAGUACCCCACAGUGCCCAGCUACCCCUCCGGGAGCCACUGGCCUUAGACCGAGCCCAGCGGCCCCUGCCCCUGCCAGGUGCCCAGCCGUGGCCAGCACCUUCCUUUUGCUUAUUUUGAUUUGAAAGUUUGUUUGCAUUUGUUCUCCCUACCCGCUCCCCCAUCAUGGGGGGGGGGUUGAAAAGGGGGAAAGAUCAUUUUACUUUUCUGUGGAAGAGACCAAGCUUCCCCAGCAGUGAGGUUUCCUUUGGGGCAUCCUUUAGAAUUUGGCACAUAACAUUUAUCUGUGCCUGGCUGCCAGUAUUCCUUCAUCUCACUUCAAUUCCUUUCCUGUCACUGGCCAGGGAGCCUUCUGUAACCAGCUUAUAGCAGUGAAGAUGUGGCUCUGGGCUAGAAAGGCUCCGUUACUAAUUUGCUUCAGGUUCUUAUUUUGACUAUCCUUGCCCUGAGGCCCACUGUGUAAUGCCCUUCCACCUUCCUCUUCUGUUAAGCCCAUCAGAAACCCCAGACUCCAAAGGAGUCUUCUCCCAGAGUUGUGGGUUGGGGCCCCUCGCCUUGGUCUCCCCCUCCUCCUCACCCUGGUAGCUGAGCAGGAGUCAGGGUCAGACUCUCUGGGGCCCAGCAGCACCCUACCCCCUACCCCUGCCCCAGGAGCUGUAGAAUGACUUUCUGUUUGGAAGGAAGUGAGAACUGGGAUUACAAGGCAAGACUGAGUCAGCCAGAUGCGGCCCUGUUGGCAGAAGGGCCCUGUUUGCAAUUACUCCACAUUAAAAACCAUAAAGAUUAUUUGAAAUUCCACCAUCCUCUGAUACUCCCCCUUCCAAGGUGAAUAGUGCGCACAUUGGCCUUGCCAGGGGGUAAGGUCCCCUUGCAGGGGGCCUCCUCACGUGGUUGCUGUAGACUAAUUUGUUACCUCCAUCUUGGGCUAGUGGUCAGCCUCAUCAGACUGAAUGCCCUCUGGGCUGCUUUUUGUAACUAGUUGCCAGAUCAUCUCUUAGAAGCCUCUAUAACUUCACCUAAUAACAUAGGAAGCUUAUGGUGCUUUUGUAUUGGAAUUGGCUAGAGUUUGGUUGCAGAGGAGCAGUUUGCCGGGACCAGGAACCUUCUACAAGGACAGAUAAAUUGAAAUCCCUUCAUUGGGUGAAUUGGUGGAGAGUGGCUGGAAAUUUUCUUGGGCUUGUGAAGGGAAUAUGAGGGUCUUCUCUAUAUUUGAGCAAAAAUAAAAAGAUAAAGGGAAAACAGUUCUUUUACUGAAGUCAGGGUAGGUAUAUCGCAUAUGGGUGCAUGUCUGCAGCCUGUGUCCCUACAAAUACCGGACUAAAGUCAGAAAAGAAGAAGAUUCCUCAACCUUGGAGGCCUUUUCAGGAAGUAUGGUGGUCUUCCCCUUUCACUUACAAGUUUGCAUUACGGUUCUUUAUCUCUUAACCAGUAAUGGUUUGGGCCUGCUGAAGGGUUCCCAGGCACACAACACCACAUUGUCAUCUCCCCUUGAGUUUUCCUUCCAGUUACUGACUCAGGUUUGGGGACAACACUGGCCUAGUUUGGGAUCUCUUUGAUCAUAGGCCCUGCCUUCUGCCCCUGGGAUCCCCAGACAUGAUGUGACAGGCUCUCACAAACCCAAGUGAGAAGCCCAGACUGUGGUUUUCCACAAGCGCAAUUGUCUUUCCUUCUCGACACUCUCCAGCUCUCUCCUUGCAGAAUAGCCACGAAUGGAAGGAACCAGGGAGGUCAGGGGCUUCUCCCCAGGCCUCAGAGACUGCUGUUGAGAUGUGAGCCCUCCCCGGUGACUGCGAUCUCUGGUAGGUGGUCACCUGCAGCUUCUCACAGCAGGGCAGACCCUUGGAGAGCACCUCACUGCUCUCACACACUGACCUUGCCCUCAAGGGAGCUUUCAUUGGAAAAGAAUUACUACAAGUCUAUGUGCCUUAAGAAAGAACUAGAAAAUUUUAAGAUUUAGGUGACAAGUUUUGUCCCUCUCCUUUUGGUCAGCUCUUCACGUUUUCCUAAAGGAUUUUAUAAACAUUUACAGAGCUGAAAUUGAUAGGUGGCCACUCGGAUCUGUGGAACACCUUUGUUAACAGGCCAAAAACCAAAGGUUUCUUAACUUUUUAGCACAACGACAAAGGCUUCCUGAGAUUUUGGUUCCUGAAAUGUCCGGGCCUCCCCCAAAGUAGUCAUCUCCUUCAUUUCCUCUCUAUUCCUAAAAGAGGAUGACUGCUUUCCCACUUCACUCCUUUGUAAACGCAGAGCCCUCUCCUCCCCUACCCUCCAACCCCAACCCUGCCCCCCGCCCCCCCCCCCCCCCCCCCCCGCCCGCUUGGGUUCUGUGAUGUGCCCAGAACGAACGUUCCAGGUGACUGCCUCCCCUCUGUCCAAAAGGGGCCGACUACAAGGCCUCUCACUGCCUGUAUAGGAGGGGAGAAAUCCACCUGCCAGCAGCAGGUUCUGAACCCAGAGCGCCGAACUGCCGACCUUCCAAAAACAACAACUGGCCAAGAACCCGACUCACAGAACACUGGCUUGAAGGGCGCAUUGUGUAAACCAUCGUGGCUUAUUUUUGUACUUAUUUUUUUAAUAUAUAUUUCUAUUAGACUCGUAUGGAAUUAACCCUGGGUGAGGGGAAAAUAGUUUUUGGAGUUAGCCAACAGGUUUGUUUCCUCUCCCCUGUUUUGCAUCAUGUUAUAUUGUGGUGGUUUUUGUUAUGCGAAAUCAUCCUUAAAAUAAAUCCUUUUUCUGCAUCAGACUGC